UGCGUGUUUGCGCUAUUGGCGAAAUUUAGAUGCCUGCGCGCGGCCAAGAUAUUUCUUGUUGUUGCGUAGCGCACCGAAAUAAGAGCGCGGCGGUGAGGAACAAACGGUGAGAAUGCUGAUGUAUACGAUCGAUGCAUUCCCGAUCCCCGCGUUAUUAUUACCGCCGCGCCCUUUCACCCUCUCGAAAUUCCACGGGAUGGUAUUAUAGGCAAGCCUUUCGAAUAUAUAGUUGCACGAAGAAAAAUAAUUGGCUGUCACAGCAGAUUUUACGCUGCCUCAGCAAAAUCUCUAUUAGUUAUUAUAUGUAGACUGCAAAGAGAUUGGGUAAGCGUACCUGUUACUUGUUAGACAUCGGUUUGUUAAAACUACAAAUUAAUCUACCGCUUACCUACAAACAAAUUUAAAUUAAUUGUUUCGUUGAUCAGAUUGAAGCACGGGCUAUAUAUAAACUUAUUGUAUGAGAAGCGGUAAUUUUGCUUUAAUAGCAAACGUAUUUGCUGAAAAUAUAUUAUUUUGCUUUAACAGCAAAUUAAUCUAAUUCUAAAGAUAAAUGCAAACUCGGCAAUUUUUUUUUAUCUCAGCAACAAAAUAGAUUUUGCUCUAUUACAAAAUACUUUCUAAAAUUAAUUAUGUCAAGUAAACUGCUUGUACGGCAUAAAGUGAGAAUUGUAUAAAACAUUAUACAAAAUAUCAAAUAAUUGUAAUAAUUAAGACAAUACUUAAAACUAUUAAAUCAAAUUAAAAGAUGUAUACGCAAAUGUUUAUUUGCAAUAUGAAAACAUGGUGUACAUUUGUUCCAUAUAUUGCGAUAAAUAAAAAUUUGUGCACAUUUAUGACAAUUUAAUUUUAAAUAUAUAUUUUAUUUUACGCUAUCGAGUAUCACAUUCUACAAAAAUUUCACGAAUAAGUAAAGAGAAACAAAUUUCAAACAAAUUAAAAAUUAAACCAUGUCUCUGGGGUUAAAAAUAAAAGCGUUCGCGGUAAAGCGGAACUAAAUGUACAUUUGUAUAGCGUUGAAAUUCAUGAGAGACAAUUUUAGAUUUUAUACAAUUUUCCCGUCUAAAUAUAUUAAAUACCAAAAAAUAAUAUUAAAUACGUUAUCGACUCUUUGAAUCGUCCUUGGAAUUAAAAAUCGCAAAUGCGCAAGUUCCGUAAAAUCGCGCAUCUCCGCUCACGGAACGGAUGGCAACUGUCCGGCGGCAGCGUGGCGUCUCCGAAUCGGCAAUACCGGCUCUCCGUCUUGGUGGCCUGACUCCGCUCGGGCACGGCUCUCGGCUCAGCUCCGCCGCUCACACGCACGCGUGACACGUCGCACACCUCACGGACCGUCGUCAUCGUCGUCGUCGUCGUCGUUCGUCGGACAGUGCCAGCAGCAAUUCGCCAACACGCCCGCUCCUACAGCCAUCGCGCGCUCGCGAUCGAGAGGUAACACGCCGGGACGCGAGUUCUCUCGAUUAACCCUUGCUCGCAAGCCGGAGGCUGCGCUCCGGUCGGUCCCCAAUAAAAGAGACGGAGCCGCGCGGCCUGCGGCCAGUCGUCAACGCGGACCCACCGGAAGCGGGCAUCUCAGCAUCUGACGUAUCGAUCAAAUCGAGAAAGCCCCUCUAUCACGUACGCAGUCGUCGAGCCGGAGCAUUGUCGGAGGAGCGAAUUUUUUUCUCUCCUCGCUAAAAGAGAGAGAGAGAGAGAGAGAGAGAAAGAGUGAGGGAGGGAGGCAGGGAGAGAGGGGGGAAGGGGGAGAGGGAGCGGCGCGCGGUAUAGCACGUGGCCGGGUACUAUUAUAAGAGAGGAGCGAGCGUGCGACGGCAGACAGAGCGACGCUUCCGUUGGCAGAGAGGUGUCGGUGGUCUCGCCCGGUCGAUCGCGGGACAGCGGGGUGUUCGUAUAUACGAAAGUGGAAAGGCGCUUUAUAUCGGGCGUGACGCGGAGAGAUCGUCGGAACUCGAGAAGCGCGGGUUUUUCGCGGCCGAAAAAAAACUCGGCCAUCGUACGGCUCUCAUCGAGCGACCCGCGCUUUCCCGCGAUCUCGCGAGCGCGCGGAAGAGGACGCGGUCUCCUCCUCCUUCUUUUCCUCCCCCACCAGGGAGGAGUCGAUCAGACGCGGCUCGCGGCCAGUCAGUCAGUCAGUCGGACGUUUGCUAUCCGAUAUGCUUGGCGCGCGGGCGCGCGGCGCAACUCGUGGUCGGGAAAUCAGUGCCGGCCGCGCUGCUGCACCGUGUCGGAGUACGAGAGACGCGAACCGGCGAGCGACGGCGACGGCGGCCGCGGCGGCGGCGUAACGCACCGCCAAGUAGACGAAGAGAACCUCGCGAAACGAGAGGUGAGAAGAGAGCGAUAGGAAAACGAAGAAGAAGAAGAAGAAGAAGAAGAGAGGAAGAAAGCAUCCGCGGUCGCGCGCGCUCGAUCUCCGCUCUUCUCCUAGUGUGGCUGCUACGUGCGCGCACCUACCACCUUAUAAAACGUGCCGCAAGUACCACGCGCGCGCUGCUGCUCUCCCGUGCUCUCGCGGCGGCGGUGGCAGCGGCGGCGGCGGAGGAGAGGCGCGCUCGGGCGCGCGCGCGAGAGAGAGAGAGAGAGAGAGAGAGAGUGAGCGCGCGCGCGGCGACCGGGAGGCUUUCUCGCGGGCGGGCACAGGCAUCGGCCGGCAGUUGUCGUUCGCCGCGAGUGCGCGAGAGAGUGCGGAGACACCGUGGAGACACGGUUAUGCGGAACGUCCGCGCCGGCGAGGAGGAGGAUUCGUUCACAACUUUCGCGCACCACCUCGGCACCACCGCGCGCGCCGCGGAGGAGUAGAGGCGGUGCGUCGCGCCCGCCGCCGUCGUCCGGACCCCCCCACCCCUCCCCCCCUCGUGAUUAAACCGCCGCGCCGCUAUUUCCGCGAGAGACCCGCUUCUUCUCCCUUUCCCUUCACUCUUUCUUGAUUUUUUUUUUUUGUUGGUCGCGCGCGCGACCAAGGCGCAAAGGGGGUACGUUACGUGGUGCGGGACGACAGUGCGGAAAGUUUGUGCAGUGAACGGGUUGUUAAUAGACCAGUGCCGCCGCGGCUUCGACGGGGAAGGAGAUCGACAGAGAGAAAGAGAAGAGAAGAAGAAAGAGGUAGAGGAGGAGGAGGAGGAGGAGGUGGUGGAGGCAGACGCGCUAUAUGCGUAAGGCACCAGUGCGAGUGCCAGGACGGGUGCAAGAGAGAAAGAGAGAGAGUGACCGGCUGAUAAACGACAGAAGGAGAGGAGGGAAAGAGAGAGAAUAGGGUGGCCGCCUCGAGAGACCGAGAGUCGCCAAGAUGCAUCUCCACUGUGGUGGUCUGAUGCUGCCGAUCCUCCUAUUCAUCGUCGCUUCCUGUCCUUUGACGCUCCGCGCGCGAAAAGUCGCACCCCUGAUCGAGGACGACUGGGCGAGGAGGCCGCAUCGCGCAGCCGAGUGCACCUUCGGCAAGCAGAUUCGCGAGCUGGGCUCGACAUGGUUCGCGGACCUGGGGCCGCCCUUCGGAGUCAUGUAUUGCAUCAAAUGCGAGUGCAUACCGGUGCAAAAGAAACGGCGGAUCAUCGCGCGAGUUCAAUGCCGCAACAUCAAGAACGAGUGCCCGAAACUCACGUGCGACGAACCAGUUCUGCUCCCGGGUCGAUGCUGCAAAUCCUGCCCCGGUGACUUCAACGCAGACAUAGCGCAGGAUCUGCCCGCGCAAUUGACCCUGGAGGAAGAGGAGCGCAGCUUGAAACAUUUCGGCACCCUGUUAACGGGCAGGACGUCGCAGCUCCUGCGCCGCGACGAGCCGAGCCCGACGUCGUCGGUCUACAACAGCGCGUACAACUACCUGGCGACCGGUCGCUUCACGUUCCACCGCAAGAACAUCUACUACUCGUUCUACCUGUCGGCGCUGACGCCGCGGCCGCGCAGCAUACAGUUCGUCGACGGGUCCGGCAGUAUUCUCGAGGAGCAGGUGAUCGAUCCGGUCGGCGGGGCCUAUCAGAACGCCACCGGCAAGCUCUGCGGCGUGUGGAGGCGCGUGCCGCGCGAUUAUCGCAAGCUGCUGCGCGAGGAACGGCUGCACGUGUCCUUCCUAUGGGAGCCCUCGUCGAGCCUGACCGGCCAACUGUUGCGCUAUCGCGCACUGUCGACCGAGCAGUUCUCGUCACUUCUCGAGCCGGCGAUGGGCGUCGACCGGUCGCUGAUGUCCGGCGCGGGCGCGACGGCGAUCGUGUCCGCCUCGUCCGCCUCGGCGCCGUCGAUCCACGUAUCCCUCGUCUUCAACGGCCUCUUCCUACCGAACGACGUGACCGACGUCCCCCUGAUCGUCCAGGUGGAGCAUCACGAGAAGGAUUACGUGGUCCUGCGCGAGGAGAUAGUCGUGAGGAAGCCGUCGAACGAGCUCAACUACGGCGAGGUCCGCAGCGCGAUCUCCGGGACCGAUCUUCGUCUCUUGGCGCGGGGCAAGUUGUCGAUCAGUAUAAUGUCCCGCAAAGAUCCGCAGGCCGUUCGACUGAUCGGCACGGUCGGCCCGCGCGCGACCUGCGACAUGUAUCAGACGUUGCUGCUGUCGGAGGCGCCGUCCGUGGCGUCCGGUUUGGCCUGGGCCUUCCUGGACCGCGCCGGCGCCCUACGCUACGGGGUGCAGUUGAUAGGACUCGAGGAAGAGAGUCCCCUGGUGACGCUAGUGGACGAAGGUGGCAAGCGGAGAAUGGAGCUCGAGGAUCUGACGCCCUCGUUGGUCGGCGGCCUAGCGAACGGUUCCCUAGAUCGGCCCGGGCCGAGGCUGCUGCAGCCGCUCUUCAACGAGGAACUCUCCGUGGUCGCCGCCAGUCAUCUCGGCUCCAUGUUGCGCGGCAGACUUCUCGAGAGGCCCGUGGCGGACGCCAGGGACACGGCCGCGCCCGUCCUGCUGCGAAGAUUGACCAAGGAGCCGACGCAUCCCGGACCGGUCGGCCUGAUAUGGAUCGCCGUCGAUCUGGACUGUUCCCUGCACUACGAGCUGGAGCUCGCCGGUUUCCCGCCCUCCCCACAGGAACCGCGGACAUUCCGUUUAUAUCUGGAGACGAUGCCGAUGCUGGCGCAGGGAGCCCCGGUCGCCCGCAGGCUCCUCGAAGAGUUUACGGGAUACUCGCUGGAGGGCUCGGUCACCGGGCUGUCGUCGAUGGAGCUCUGGAGGAUCGAGUCGGGCAUCGGUUUCCUCGAGGUGACGGACAAGCACGUCACCUAUAUCCUGAAGGCCCCAUUCAAGGCCAAAACGCCGUUCAGCUGUCUGCCGCACUACGCCGACAACGACGUCGCUUUGAUGGCAUUCAUGCAGAUACCCACGUCGGACAUCGAGACUGGCGCGUGCUUCCACGAGAUUAGAUUCUACGAGGAGGGCACGCAAUGGACCUCGAGCUCGGAUCCGUGCUCGAUGUGUCACUGCUAUCGCGGUUUGGCACAAUGCGACACGGUGCCAUGUCCGAUAAUCUCCUGCGGUUUGGGCAAGCAGCUCAAGCAACCGCCGGCCGGCCACUGCUGUCCCAUAUGUGCAGACUCAGUGAUCGAAACGAACGUUACGACCAAGAACGAUACGACCACGAGAGGUUGCACGUUGGCCGGACAAUAUCAUCUCGCGGGAUCGUCCUGGCAUCCAUAUCUACCACCAGCAGGAUUUGACACUUGUGCAGUUUGUACCUGCGACGCCGUCACGCUGGAGGUGAAGUGUCCGCGGAUGCAGUGCCCGCCGCUCGAGUGCGACGAGAAGCUCGCCUUCAGGCCGGACAAGAAGGCCUGCUGUAGGCAGUGCCCGGCGACGACACCCCGCAGCAACGUGGCCACCACCGCGGCGAUCGACGCCGUGCACCUGCCGAGGGAUCAGGCCCUAUCCUCCUCUACGCGGCGCACCGCGGAGGAGAUCCUCUCUUCCGGCGGCUGCAAGUAUCCCCUCGGCGGGCCCUACGAGAACGGCAUGGAGUGGCAUCCCCGGUUGCACUCGCACGGCGAGGUGAAGUGCGUCAAGUGCCGUUGCAAGAACGGCGAGGUCAGGUGCGACAGGAAACGCUGUCCACGGUCACUCUGUAACUCGAUCGCGCACCAGAUGAAGCGCGGCGAGUACGUCGCGGACGCGGACGACUGCUGCACGGCGCAGUGCGAGCACCGCGCGAGGCGUCAUCAUCGCAACAACCAUCACCAUCAUGCGGCGCGGCGGCACUCGGUGACUCCGCGCGAGCUGAGCUGAGCCCGGUAAUUCCGGAGAAGAGUCUGCCCCCGGUCCACGAGAAAGCCCGGUCCGCCGCGUGCAUCGUAGUCAUUGCCGUCGAGCGACGACGGAAGCCGUCGCGCGAGCGCUCUCUCUCUUUCUCUCUCUCUUUUCUUCUUCGUGUAUCGUACGAUCCAAGGAACGGAAGCAAAAUUAAACCGAACGGUUCUGUACACGCGCUCGUUAAAAUCGCGGAAGGUGAACCGCAGACGUCUACACAGAGGGAGCACACCGAGAAAAGAAAUGUCGUUAAUUCGUUAACUACAAAAUUUUUUUAUUCGAUCAAACUUUGGUUCAAGUAUUUCGUGUAUUUAUGAAGAAGUUUUAAUCAACCCGAAUUUCGUCGGGUUUUUCUUCUCGGUGCGCGGAGGAGAAGAAGAUAAGAAACUGCAAGAACGAGAGGAGAGAUCCGGGAGGGCGAGAAUAUUUAAUCCGCGCGUUUUAACUGACAGGCGAGAAACGGCGCACGCGAACUUUGUCAUUUCAAUUUUUAGCAGCGCUAUUCGAGACGACAAGGGGUAAUUAAUCACACGAUGACGGAUGCACGCUCGUUGCUCAAAGUUCGUUAUUGUCGUCGUCGUCGUCGUCGGCGGCGAACGAAGCCGGCGAACGCGCGUGCACACGCGCGCAUGCACGCAUGCAGGAAGUCGUGAGAAGUAGCCUAACGUAAUAAGAGGAAGGACGUGGACACGAAUGCCACGAUCGGAUAUUGCUAUUCUUGUCCGCGACGACGGGACCGCGCUCGCUCGGUCGUUCGCUCCGGAGCUCCUUCAGCGCCCGCAGCCAGACGCUUAUUAAUCAAUUGAUCCCCAUCAACGGAUUAAAAAAAAAAAAGAAGAGGAAGAGAAGGAAGAGAAACGUAAAACCGAGCACCCUUCUCUUCCUCACCACGAGAGCGACAACCAGAGACAGUUUAGACGUUAGACCGAACGCGACUACGGCGGAAAAGCGCGAAGGGGUGGGAAAAAGGGGGGGAAAAGGGUUGAAAACUCGGAAAGGGAUGAGUUUUUAAUCGCGGCGGUAUUACGGUGUACCCUGCUGUACCCUGAUAUCCUCUCUUCGAGUUACCCAGUAACCAAAGAAGACUGAAAACCUCCGACGGCGGCAUCAGUUAUUAUUACGCGAGAGAUUGCUAAUACUUACUAAUUCUCCAACUUAUUACCUAUUUUAUAUUAUUAUUAUUAUUAUUAUUACUGUCAUUUAUUAAUAGUAUUAUUACUACUGCUAUCCGCUUGAUAAUUUUUGUCUCGUAAUUUGGUAUCGUAAUUGCUGCGGCGCGUCUGCGUCACUACUUUUAUUGCUCCUUAUCUCGCAAUUGUUGUGUGACAAGCCUAAAACUGUCGCUCUAAUGUAAAGAUAUAUAUUUAUGUUGUACAUUGUACGAAACCGUUCGGCGAGGAACGUGGCGUUAGUCUGGUGACGAACAGGCGGUAAUAUAUAUAUUUGUUAACGCGAUAACACUUGUUACUGUGUAAGUAUGUAAGUAAUAUUUAAGCUUGUAUUUAUUUUUAGAAAUAAUCCCUUUGAAUCGGACCGUACCGGAUCCUAAACGAAGUUUAUUUAAACGUUCGAGGGUAACGUAACAUAUGUGAUCGCGUCGAUCAAUGGAAUUUAAAACAUUUGUCCAACUACAAACAUUUCCUUGAUCAAUUCGGAAUUUUUUCGUUAUUCUUCGUCAGAUCGGAAAUUGACCAUCCGAAAACCUUUUCAAGCGUUAGCUUCAACGAAACCGGUACGGAAGAUUUGCCAUAUACUUAUUUAAUCGUAUUCUUCUGUGUAACUCUGUUUUAUACAUAAAUACUGGGAAGUAUGCGCAAAAGCGAAACUGAAUGACGAGAUAAGGUGAGCUUUUUUAAUUCCGUCGACCGAUCAGUAGUGUCACAUGCGCAAAUGCAACUUUGCUUCAUAAUGAUUGAUCAAUCGGUGAAUUAAAAAUCUCAUUUAUACUCGCGAAGAGAGAGAAGCGACGUGACAAGGGCGAGAGACUUCGACCUCAAACUUCGAUCGAUUUCAAUCGGUAAGAUUACUCGCGGCAAUAGUUUGUUGUCUCUAAUCUCUUGUCUCUAACCUUUCCUACGCAAAAAUUAAUCCUAUCCACUGUAGACAAAAUAAUAAUAAUAAUAAUAACGUGCUUAUUUGCUUACCGAUAAGGUUAAUCGGACUUUAGUCGAAGUCACCCUUGCCGCGACGAAUGUGCGGCGAACGUGACAUGGUGAACCGAGAGUAUCGUCUCCGGAGCGGCGUAAUCUAAAUGUAACGGCCAAACGCAAGAGCCAACGAGAGAAAACCUGUACGAUUGUAAUUCGUGAGAACUUAAAGGCCACCCAAGGAUACCCCGUUCGAUUUAAGCUCAAUUGUUGCGGCAGACUUCGCUCGCUAUUUCAACGUCAUGAUGAAAUGUUAUUAUUCGACGUCGCGCGCGUGCGGAAGGCGUUGAUUCACCGUAGUUUACCGUAGGUGCCUUACACUCUCGAAUACAUAUACGUAGUCAGCUGACGUCGACGUCGCCUCCUGCGGGGCCGCGUACACACGAGAACGUUUUGUAAAUAUAAGCGCGUAAAUACAGCUGGGCGGCUGGAAUUGGAUUACUUACUCCGCGGCGACGCGCGUCAGCAUUAUACACACCGGUAAUUAUUAUUAUUAAUUAUUUAUACGUUGCUACGUAACUUUUAGCGCUACCCCUAGAACUUUCCCUCCCUCUCCCCCUCCCCCCCUGUCCUUUCCCUUGUUGCGCGUUUAUCGCGGACCUGCUACUGUCACGAUUUAUUUAAAGUCAUCCCUCCCCUCCUCCCUCCGCUUUCCAUGCGCAAGUUAUCGGUCUUGAUAUUAAACGAGUUAACAUUAAUUAUUAGGUAAGUGACGUGCUCUUGUACCGACUCGCCUCACGUGUAUGUACACGCUGUUUUUAUUAUAAUUAAAAAAAAAAAAAAAUGCGGUUGAUGAUCGACGCGGUUUUUCGUAACGCCUCGCGUCUGUGUCGCCGGGGAUAGAAAUAUGUGUAAAGAAGCUGGGAUUCUUUGUUGUCAUUUUGUUAAAACCGACAAAAGAGAAACAAAGGCGUAUUACGUGGCGUUACUUGGACGUGGGAGAGAGGGUUGCCGUUGUUCGCGUUGCGUGAAGCCUGGCGGGGGGGGAGGCGGGAGAGAUGAAGGGGCGAGGAUGUGUUCUCGGAUCGCGCGCACCGCGAAACCGUGCCAAUUGUCGCGGCGAUGCGAAAUACAGAACGGCACGGUUAAUUCAAGGUGUGACGUCACCGCCCGGGGCGACGAUGCGACACGUGAAAUUAUCGCCGCGCGCGCGCGGGCGAGGAGAAACGAAUUCGUGUAUCUCGCUCCCGCGCGCAAAACCGCAAAAGCGCACAAUUCGAGCGCGACGUCCGUGCGCCUCUUUCGCUGAGAUGUAACGAUUUCGCGAUAUUUUCUUCUCGUGUACCCAACGUGACCGCGCGGACGGCGACCGGAACUACUACUUCUUUUUUUUUUUUAUACAACGCGAUAUAAUUUUUAAUUGAAUAAAUCUUUUGUAUCUAUUUGCGACGAGGUAGGCUGCUGAGAGUCGCACGUACGACGCACUUCGAUAGUUUUGUAGAGAAUGGAGAUCGAUGCUACUCUGUACUGUGCCAAAACGAUUUAUUAAUUAAAUAUCGAUUAUUAUUA